AUGAUUAUGACAACCAGUGAGUCAAUUCUGGGCAUUUGCUGUAAUGGUUUCGUUUGGUUAGUGAAUUGCAUCAACUUAGUCAAGAGCAAGAAAAUGUCUUUGUCUGAAUUUGUCAUCACCAGCUUGGCCAUCUCCAGGAUUUGUUUGCUUUGGAUGAUCAUAGCUGAUGUUUUCACUGUCUUCUAUACUGAUUUGAAAGAAACAAGCAUAACAAUACAAAUAAUUUUUAUGUUAUGGACUUUUGCUAACUUCUUAAGUAUCUCCCUGGCAACCUGCCUCAGUAUCCUCUACUGCCUGAAGAUUACCAAUUUCUCUCACCAUGCUUUCCUCUGGCUCAAGUGGAGGGUUUCCCAUGUGGUUAGAUGGAUCCUGCUGGGCUCUGUGCUCCUCUCCUUCUUUAGUACAUUGAUAUUGAUGAUAGAUUUUGGUAUUACUGUUAGUUCCAGACAAAUGAGACUCACAGCAAACAGCACUAGAGGCAGGAGGAGAAAGGAAAGUGCUUAUUUUUUCAAGUAUAUUUUUGUUGCCCUCUGGAUGGUCAUCCCCUUUACUUUCUCCUUGAUUUCCUAUGUUCUGAUCAUCCUCUCCCUUAGGAGACACACCCAACAGAUGCAGAACAAUGCCACUGGCUCCAGAGACCCAAGCACUGAGGCUCAUGUGAGAGCAACCAAAAUCAUCCUCUCUUUCCUUUACCUCUUCAUUGUGUAUUUGGUCGCCUUUUUUCUUAUUGUACGGGGCUUUUUUCUGCCAUAUGGUAAUAUCGCGUGGAUGACUGGGGAGAUGAUUUUGGCUGCCCACCCUUCUGUACACUCAAUCAUCCUCAUUUUUGGCAACAACAAGUUGAAACAGGCAGUCCUGGGGAUGUUCCAGAUAAAGAAGUAG